AUGGCUCGACUUUCCCCAGUCUUCUUCUCCUUUGUACUUACUACAACUUUACUCCUACUAGCAGACCCUGCUUCCGCGGUCAAGUUUCAAAUUCAAGCUUACCGGUAUCCCCAGUCGAAAUGCAUAUGGAACCCUAUACAUAAUAACGCUCUAAUCAUCGUCACUGCGAACGUCGGACCUGGUGAAGGACAGCAGGUGGAUGUGGAGAUUGUGGACUCGAGUCCUCAGAAGAAUGUAUAUCUGAGUAAAAAGAAUAUCAACGGGGAGACACGAUUGGCUGUCACGUCUCAUGCUGAGGGCGAAGUCGGUGUUUGUUUCAAGAAUACUCUGGAUAGCAGUUAUCCGUCUGAAAAGGCUUCAAAGGCUGCACGUAUCAUUGACUUGGACGUCGACAUUGGCGCUGAUGCUGUAGAUUACAAUGCAAUUGCGAACCAAGAAUCACUCUCGGGCUUAGAAACGGAAAUGCGCAAGCUAGAAGGCAUAGUGAAAGAAAUCGUGGAUGAGAUGGCGUAUCUCAAAAAGCGAGAACUACGUUUCACGGAUACCAACAUGUCCACCAACAACCGUGUACAAAACUUUGCCUGGUUCACCAUACUAUCCCUUGCUGGUCUGGGCGCGUGGCAAAUAAUGCACUUGCGUUCCUUCUUUAAGCGCAAGUAUCUUAUCGACUGA